AUGAGAGUGCUAUCAUCUCCACUAUAUUCUUUUCUUUCUUUCUUUCUUUCUUUCUUUUUCUUUCUUUCUUUCUUUCUUUCUUUCGUUAACCAUAUGAGAGUGCUAUCAUCUCCACUUCUUUCUUUCUUUCUUUUCUUUCUUUCUUUCUUUCUUUUUCUUUCUUUCUUUCUUUCUUUCGUUAAACAUAUGAGAGUGCUAUCAUCCACUAUAUUCUUUCUUUCUUUUCUUUUCUUUAUUUUCUUUCUUUUUUCUUUCUUUCUUUCUUUCGUUAACCAUAUGAGAGUACUAUCAUCUCCUAUAUUCUUUCUUUCUUUCUUUCUUUCUUUCUUUCUUUCUUUCUUUCUUUCUUUCGUUAACCAUAUGAGAGUGCUAUCAUCUCCACUAUAUUCUUUCUUUCUUUCUUUCUUUCUUUCUUUCUUUCUUUCUUUCUUUCUUUCUUUCUUUCUUUCUUUCGUUAACCAUAUGAGAGUGCUAUCAUCUCCACUAUAUUCUUUCUUUCUUUCUUUCUUUCUUUCUUUCUUUCUUUCUUUCUUUCUUUCUUUUCAGUGCUAUCAUCUCCACUAUAUUCUUUCUUUCUUUCUUUCUUUCUUUCUUUCUUUCUUUCUUUCUUUCUUUCAGUGCUAUCAUCUCCACUAUAUUCUUUCUUUCUUUCUUUCUUUCUUUCUUUCUUUUCUUUCUUUUCUUUCUUUCUUUCUUUUCGUUAACCAUGUGAGAGUACUAUCAUCUCCCACUAUUCUUUCUUUCUUUCUUUUCUUUCUUUUCUUUCUUUUCUUUUCUUUCUUUCUUUCUGCUAUCAUCUCCACUAUUUUCUUUUUCUUUGUUUCUUUUCUUUCUUUCUUUCUUUCUUUCUUUCUUUCUUUCGUUAACCAUAUGAGAGUGCUAUCAUCUCCCUAUAUUCUUCUUUCUUUCUUUCUUUCUUUCUUUCUUUCUUUCUUUUUUCUUUCUUUUCUUUCUUUUUUUUAUGCUUAUCAUCUCCACUAUAUUCUUUCUUUCUUUCUUUCUUUCUUUCUUUCUUUUCUUUCUUUCUUUCUUUCUUUCUUUUUCGUUAAACAUAUGAGAGUGCUAUCAUCUCCACUAUAUUCUUUUCUUUUCUUUCUUUCUUUCUUUCUUUUUUCUUUCUUUCUUUCUUUCUUUCUUUUCGUUAACCAUGUGAGAGUGCUAUCAUCUCACUAUAUUCUUUCUUUCUUUUUUUCUUUCUUUCUUUCUUUCUUUUCUUUUCUUUCUUUCUUUCUUUCUUUUUUCUUUCUUUCUUUCGUUAACUUUGUUAAACAUAAGAGUGCUAUCAUCUCCACUAUAUUCUUUUCUUUCUUUUUUCUUUUUCUUUCUUUCUUUCUUAACAACUUUCUUUCUUUCUUUCUUUAA